AUGACGGGCGAACGAACAACCGUCGAAUUAUUUGUCCGUUCAAAGUGGAUAAACGCCACUAUAGCACUUGAGGAUGAAAAUCUUUUUAUUGAAUACGCUCACAAUAACAAACGUGAACCAAUGGCCGUAUCUUCACCUACAUCGACUGAUAACGAUCUUAUCACAAUCAAUAACAACAAUUCUUCGAUGAAAACAGCCGCUGAGUCAAAUGGAAACAGUGUUGCUGGUGGCGACCGAUUACCAACGUUAUCAGAUGUACCAGCAAUUGAUUCGAGUAAACGAAUAGUUAAAAUAGUUAAGUCGGAUAACACUGGACUGGGCAUCAGUAUAAAAGGUGGCAAGGAAAAUAAGAUGCCCAUAUUGAUUAGCAAAAUAUUUUCAAAUAUGCCAGCUGAUUUAACCGGUCAGUUAUACGUUGGUGAUGCAAUAUUAUCUGUUAAUGGGAAAGAUUUACGUGAUGUUUCGCACGAGGAUGCUGUGCAAAUAUUGAAAAAAGCCGGACGAGAGGUCGAGUUAGAAGUGAAAUAUUUACGUGAAGUAACACCUUAUUUUCGCAGACAACAGCAACGUGACCAUCAUUCACAUCAUCAGCAGCAACAGCAACAAUCAUCACAAGAUAAUCUUGAAUCGAAUAUUUCAUCUCAAACAUCAAAAAUGUUAAAUAAUAGCAGUGAAGGAACAUCAUCAACAACAACAUUAGAUACUCGUAAACGUGCUGGAGGAGGUUCGUCAACAAGCGAAUCGUUGCUAUAUGAAACAAAGCGUGUUUCGCUUCGAUUAUGUUAUGUAUUUCAUCGAUCAUCAAAUACAAAUGAUCUUUUAGUUCUAUCAUCAUCAACAUCCAACAUGACACCAGCAACAGCCGCUCCAUCUCUUGGCUCCAACAACGGCGCGAUUCUUGAUGUUGUUUUACCGUAUGCACAAACAUGUUACAGUAUUAAAUUUCUCGAUGAAACUAGUUGUAAAAAAUGGUUUCACAUAAUUCAUUCAAAAAUCUCUCGAUGUCUGUUAGAAAUAUUGCCAGAAAUUGAAGAACAUUUUUAUGUUGAAAGAAAUGCCAAUGAGUUAAAAGCCCUUGGAUGGUUAGCCGAACAAGUCAAUACAGAUGAUAAUUUAACAUCAUCCACUAUUGGUUGGCGUCCAGUAUUUCUUGUGUUAACUGAUACCGAAAUUUGUUUUCUAUGCUGUGCACCUGUUUCGAGACAAACAUGUCGAGAACCUGAUACAGUCUAUUCUAUACUUUCAACACGCCUUGUUCAACCGUCACGUGAAUUACUUUAUCCAUCAGUUAAUGUUGAUAUUUCAUUACUUUCGCUUCGAGUUGGAACGAAAUUUGGUGUUGUCUCACACAUGUUUCGUGUGGAAACAAAAGCAGAUUUAGCAUAUUGGACAAAAGCAAUUGGACAGAGUAUACAAAUGGCCGUGAUCAGAGUGAAGGAAAUUAUUUUUCCUUGCAAAUGCAACAAUCGACCAUGUAAAUUAUUUCUUCAUUAUGAGAAUGGAUUUACGUUAUACAGUGAAACAGUAGUAGAAGAACAAACGAAUAAAAGUACUACGAGCGGAGGAGGAAAUCUUCGAUUAUUAUGGCAACAACCAUUUGAAAAAUUGAGAUCAUCAGCUGAUGAUAAUGAACAUUUAUUAACACUCGAUUUUCAUGGUGAAGAAGGACAAGCAGAAUUAGAUUUUGGCACAUCACCAAAGCCAUUUGUAUUUCAUUUACAUGCCUUUCUUUCUGCCAAAGCAGCACGUAUUGGACUUACACCUCAAUAA